CCAACCUGCUCCGCUCCAACAUGGCUCCGCGGCUGUGCAGCAUCUCUGCGGCGGCGCGGCUGCUGCUGGGGUGUCCAGGACCCCUUGCCCGGGACGCUGCGGCUGCGGCUGCGGCGCGCUUCUAUUCCAAGGACAACGAAGGUAGUUGGUUCCGCUCCCUCUUUGUCCACAAGGUGGAUCCCCGGAAGGAUGCCCACUCGACCCUGCUGUCCAAGAAGGAGACCAGCAACCUGUACAAGAUCCAGUUUCACAAUGUGAAGCCCGAGUGUCUGGAUGCCUACAACAGCCUGACGGAGGCUGUGCUGCCCAAGCUGCACCUGGAUGAGGACUACCCAUGCUCGCUCGUGGGCAACUGGAACACGUGGUAUGGAGAGCAGGACCAGGCAGUGCACCUAUGGCGAUUCUCUGGCGGCUACCCAGCCCUCAUGGACUGCAUGAACAAGCUCAAAAACAACAAGGAGUACCUGGAGUUCCGGAAGGAGCGGAGCCAGAUGCUGCAGUCCAGGAGAAACCAGUUGCUCCUUGAGUUCAGCUUCUGGAACGAGCCACAGCCCCGAGCAGGUCCCAACAUCUAUGAGCUGAGGACGUACAAACUCAAGCCAGGAACCAUGAUCGAGUGGGGGAACAACUGGGCCCGGGCCAUCAAGUACCGGCAAGAGAACCAGGAGGCGGUGGGCGGCUUCUUCUCGCAGAUAGGAGAGCUCUACGUUGUGCACCAUCUCUGGGCCUAUAAAGACCUUCAGUCUCGAGAGGAGACUCGAAAUGCUGCCUGGAGGAAGAGGGGCUGGGACGAGAACGUCUACUAUACAGUCCCCUUGGUGCGACACAUGGAGUCUCGGAUCAUGAUCCCCUUGAAGAUCUCGCCUCUCCAGUGAUGCUGCCUCCACCUCCCUCCCCUUCUCCUUCAGGUUAGCCACGGUUAGAGAAGCUCCUGGUCCUGCUCGAACGGUUUCUUCUUAGAUCUGCAGGAGCCUUGGGGGUGGUGCUCAGCUCAGGCAAGGAGGUGCUGACGGAUGAUAGGGUCUGAGGAUUUGCAGCUCUGCACAGACCCUGCCUGCCUUCCCUGCCCUCCUCCUUCCAUUCCUGCUGGAAACAGUUUCUCGUUUCACUGACAGAAUAGCAGCCUUUCACGUCUUCCCACAUCUUCCCCUAAGAUUCCUCAGCUGAAGGCCCCCAGCCCCUAGUUAUCACCACAGAAAUCCCCAUUUCACUUUAGCUGCACAAAAGGUAGUGUGUCCAGUGGCUAGUAGUGGGGUGGGAAGGGAGGUGGUUGGGAUCACGCCAGGUCCUCAGGAGCUCCCUGGCCUCCACUAGGCCACCCUCUUGCUGGACAGUCUGAGCCAAGUCCCUCCUGCUGGGGACAAGCCUGGAACUGCCAAAAACUCUCAUAUCAACAAGAUCAGGAGGAAGUCAGGACAUUCCACGGCGAGAGGCUGGGAGAAGGGAUGGGGGCUGGGAAAGAUUUGGGGACAAGAGACAGAACGUGGAUCAGGGAACCAAGAAGGCCAACCUGGGUUUGAAUCACAGAAUUUGGAAUCCAGAAUUAGGAAGAUAGAAUAGAGAUGACUGAAGACCACUUGGGGAGGAAUUCUAAUACAAGACGGAUGGGGAGAAAUUAAUUUGUUUCUCUCUAAGUAAUGGAGUUGAGAACUUGAAUGUGUAGUUCCAGCCCUUCUGUGCAGGGACAGUGUCUCCCACCCCCCUCCCUGCUGCAGGCAGAGGGACAAAAGCAGGGCCUAUGUUUCCCCCACUGGCAUUCCUUCUCCCCUACUCCACAUUCCAUUAGCUCAACCCUCAGUUUACUGGAUAUAUAGAGUGGGGUCAGUAGUUCUGGGAGCCCCCUCUGUGAACCUCACACCUCAUGAACCCCUUGGUAGCUUGAUUCUGCCUCUCUUCCAGAAAAACUUGUACUGGAGUUGCUGAUGGAACUAAUUAAAUAUUUACUGUAAACUUCGUGUUUUUGUUUUUUUUCAUCUGCAAGAAACUGGCAAAUGCCGGAGGGAAGGGAGAGCUGGCCAACUUCCUAGUCGCACCUGGCUGAUCUAUCCCCCUGAAGGGCUUUGUGUUUCCUGAGCCACUAUCAGGCAGGCCAUCUUCAGCCUCACCCCGG